UCUCUCACACUCGUCGCCAUCUUGCUUUUGAAGAUUACUUGAACUUUUAAAGGACUUUUGUGAAAAAUCUCAUCCGACAGAAGUCUCUUACGAUGGGAUGCGAUGGUGGUACGAUUCCCAGACGAGAUGAACUCGUUAGGAUGAAGAAAAAGCCUGAGCAAGUCGAGAAGAAUUACGAAUUAAACGCAAAGUGGUUCCAUUGUGCUCUGAGUCAGGCCGAGUUACAGGAACCAGUAGUAUGUUGUGAACUGGGAAACUUGUACAACAAAGAAGCAGUGCUGGAAUAUCUGAUCGACAAAUCAUCUGUAACUUCAGAUGUCGCCAACCACAUCAGGAGUCUGAAAGAUGUAAAAGAGCUAAACCUCACUUACAACCCAGCCUUCGAACAGAAGUCCAUGGAGCAAGCCGACAGUUACUUAGAUUUCCAAGCAUCACGUUUUAUCUGUCCUGUUGUUGGCAUCGAGAUGAACGGGAGAUACAAGUUUUGCUUUCUGUGGAAGUGUGGCUGUGUUUUCUCUGAGCGAGCCUUGAAGGAGGUUCCUUCCACUGUUUGUAACAAAUGUGGAAAAGCUUUCUCUGAUGACGAUGUUGUAGUCAUUAACGGAAGUGAAGAUGAAGUCAGUGGUAUGAGGGCAAAAAUGGAGGAGAAGCGCCUAAAAACGAAAUUGGAGAAGAAAGCCAAGAAGACAAAGAUCUCCGAGACCACAACUACGGCAAAUGGGGAAUCUUCAGGGACCGGUGUGUGUGGCGAGAGUAGAAAGGAUGGCCCUGAAAAACCAGCAAAGAGAUUGAAAACUGAGCACGAGCCCUCAUCGUCAAAUGAUAGGAAAAUUAAGGAGACGAAGCUCAAUGGGGCAUCUUUGUCAAAAGGAAAGCUUCCUGAACUUUCAAAGCACAAGACUGUGGCUGAAGACCCUAAGGCAAGCAAAGUUUUUAAAUCUCUGUUUGCUUCGAGCAAUAAGGACCGACCUAAACACUUACAGUCAAAUUGGGUGACAUAUCAUUCCUAUCAUAUUUAGGCAUGACUUCAAUAGUGCAUCUUGAUCACUUGUCAAACAGCAUGAAGUCAAGUCUAUAUGUGCAUGUAAUUUUUUCCAAUCAAAGUGGAUUCAAUUGUACAGCAGUAUUCAGUAAACCCCAUGUAGACUUGGUUAUUCAUUAUUCUUACAAGUACCUAUCACUUUUCUCUUCAUGAUCUUGAUUCAUGAAACAACCUAUAAUUUAGUGACUCUAAGCAAGCAUAAGGUUCUGAAACCCUGAGCCUUUGGGUUUUUUUCCUUUAGCUUUGUUAUUUCCCUAGGUAAAGUUUAUAUGUAAUAUCAGAACCAUCGAUGAGAGCCAGUCGCUGGCCAAAAGCAACAGUUAAUCUACCAUCCUUGUCACCAUAUCUUACCAUAUUUACUGAUAAGAAAUGGUACAAUUGUUGAUGCACCAUCAAAGCCAUUUCCCAGUUGUUAACGGAACUAAAUUUGUAAUUUACCUGGCAACAGCUUCAUUUCACUUUUAGAAUUUGCUAAAGGUUCCUACAAACGUCAUGAGAUGCCAGUGACAUUUUAAGCUGCACUUAAUUCGAUGUAACAACUUCGUGUUACUGACAAUCUGGUCACCUACUAUUUGCCCUCUACUUUUAAACCUAUAGACUGCCCUUUCUAAAGAUGAUGCAACAAAGAAAACAAAACGACAAAUUUACAAUAGUAUGACAAUUAGACUAGUGACAAGCUAAUAUAAUUUGUAAGUAGCAAUGUUCUGAUAGUCAAGUUUACUAAUGUAACCCAUUGUAGCUCCCACAAGAACAUUCAGUCAUGAUGUGUCUUUCACAGCAGUUCAUAAAAUACAUGAAAAUCAAAUCCCAG